GUGUUUUGAUUUAAUUUGUUUCGGUUGAAUAAUAUGAGUGAACCAAUAAGAAAGAAAUUAAAAUUGUCUCUAGAACCUUCAAUUGACAAUAAUGUCGUUGACAUAACGAAUGAAGGACAAGAGAUACUUAAAACUGAGACUACAUUGCCAGAAAAACUAAUGCAAUCAGUCGAUCGCAUCUGGUUUGAAAGGGGAGAAUGGAAAGACAUCACGGAAAAGUCUCUAUCACAAUCUUUGAACAGUCAGGAGCCAACCUUAGUUGAGACAGAUUCUGAUGAAGAGCAAGAUGCACCACAAUCCGUCCAAUUACCACCUGCUGGUUAUGACAUUGGCAAACUUCGGGAAUCUGUCAUUAAUAAAUUAUCACAUGCUAAGAGUGAAAUUGACGUUGCCUUAGACGUUAUUAAUGUGCUGACGGCAGGAAAUCGACAUUCAACAGCUGCUAAGGAUUUCGUCGUCCCACCUGGAUCGCUUGCAGCAACAUAUGUUACGAAACCUAAACCAACACCAAAAGCACAGCUAGAAUCAUUGCAAUUGAAUUUAGGUUUGAAAAGACAGAAACAAAAACAAGCGUCAGAUUUUUUAAAAAGGAGUGCAUUUUCCUUAAAAAAGAUUGUGGAAAAGGAAGAGGUAUUCUGGGAUGAAGCAUUGGAUAUUAGACGAAAUAACUGGAUGAUGCAGGCAAACCCGCAACCGGGAGGGUCUUCAAUUUCUGUGCAGUAUGGGUUUACAGAAGUUGGAUCUGACUUUAAUGAGGCAUCUGUUGGUGAAUUAAAACGUUCAGGAGAUAAUUCGAAUAAAUUACAAAUGGCUCUACCCCAUAGUACGGCACGUAAAGUAGGUGUGCGCGUCAGUCAGAGUCAUACUGGUAAAUUAGGUUUAGGGCAGGAUGCAUUUUCAGAAGGCAUCUUAGGAAUUUCUACAGAUGCAGGAAAUAAUCAAGAUGAUAGCACUUCUUGCAGAUCCAAUACAAGAACUGCACAUAGUGAUAUACAAAAUCAACUUGCAGAAGCUCAAUCAACUGUAUUUGAUGCCGAAUUAUAUUCCAAGGUUCUAGCGGAAGCACAGGCAUUAAACAGUAAUGUGCGCUUUUUAGAUGAUGAAAUUGUUAUCAAUAUUGAUGGGCAAAUUGAUUUGUCCGUUUCGAAAUCUUUAUCAUCUAGUAAUUCCAAAUGCUCAAACGGUGGGUCAACACAAGAAAUCAUCAGUCGUAAUAUCGAUGCUUCACUACGACUAUUGCUGUUACAGCAUCACAAAUUUAACCUAUGGAAAGACCGUGCCAAGAUAUUAUCAUCUAAUCAUAAAAUACAACAAUUGCUAUUGUUAAAUGAGUCCAGCAAUAUCAAUCACACGGCAAACAACGCACCUACAAGUGCAAAUAAUAACAACCCAGCUAAUAAUAAUAUAACUAAUAACAAUGGUAAUGUGAACAAUAAUCUUGGUAAUACAGUCGGCACAAACAAUUCUGUUCCGGUGCCCAAUACAAAUACCUCGAAUAUCCCUUUUCACCGUGCACGAGUAGCAUUAACAUCACACAGUCAACUGACCCGUGUUCUCCCAAAGGAAAUUCCCAUAUUGUUGCCAAUCAUGUCCCUCACAAAAUUCUGGGUACAAUUCGACCGAAUUAGGCAUGUUGUUCAUUCUAUGACAAGCCCAUUUAGUGGAAAUGGUGGUCUGACUAUCUCGGUCCAUUUUAAGUUUCACGAUCCUUUGUUGUCUAAGCCUAGUUACUCAAAACUUACAUAUGACGCCUAUCCGGGUAAUAGUGAAAUUGCACUUAGUCUGGGUAUUAGUAUACUCAAGGGUCCUUCGUUACAUUUUGGCUUUAAUCAAUUAGGUUCGAUCUCCGUCUGUCUCCCACAGACAACAGUUAUUCUGCAAAAUGUAUCAGAGUUCGAGGCAUUUCUAUCACGCGAAUUGAAGGUUAUUUGCUUACGCACCGUGUGCGAUGUAGCAAAUGACAUUAUUCAAAGACAUGAAAGUUAUAUAAUGGCAACAGGUAGUGAUAAGCGUAGGCUGCUAUGGAAAGUCAAUCAAGUAGAUGAAGCAGUUCACGGAUCCAUUUGCUGGUACCAUACAUCAUGGUCACAUCACGAAUGGAGAAACAUUAAUAUCAGCUUGGAGAUAACUAAUGUUGUUAAACCUUCAUAUUCACUCCAAUUCCGUCUAUGCGCAAUGCCUAACCUCGUAGAAGAAGUGUAUGCAUUAAACUUAGCCACGAUAGAUCCUUCAAAGAUAGCGUUGAACUUUAAGGAAAGAGCUCGUAUUGUUAUCCAAGACAUCAUUUACGACUCUACUGCACAAAAAAAUCCCUAAUAAUAAAAAAAAAAAAAAAAAAAUUAAAAAAAAAAA